AUGCUGCCUAUGCCUGUUCUUCAAUGCGCAAUUUCUACCCCAGUGAUGGUUGAGCUUAAAAGUGGGGAAUGCUACAAUGGCUAUAUAUUGCAUGCCGAUUAUUUUAUGAACUUAAAGUUGAAAGAUGUAACACACACGAAUGCAGAUGGUGACCAUUUUCGAAAAAUCCCUGAAUGCUAUAUAAGAGGAAACAAUGUGAAAUAUAUAAGGGUACUAGAUGAGGUCUUGGAAAAAGCUGUAGAAAAUAAAGUGUCUAUUAAGAGAGGACAAGCUAGGAUGAGAGGGAGAGCGAGAUUUAUGGCAAGAGGGAGAGGAUAA